CACGUAAUUGCUCGAGAAACACUAGAGGAUUUAUUCAGUGCUGUGAAUUUUGAGUAUAUUGACGGGGACCAACUAUCAAACUUGGCUAUUCAAAUGGAAAACUGUGCUAUGGCCUUGGAACAGAUGAAUUAUACUUCUGAUCUAAAUUCCUUAGUUACUUUGGAAAGAAUAGUGAGACUCUUGCCUCAACCUAUGCAAGCCCAGUGGGCGGACUGGGUGGAUAAAUUGACUGAAGAUAACAGGGAACCGACCUUCGACGAGCUCACUCAGUUUAUCGCAUCGCGUGCAAGAGUGGCUUGUAGUAGAUUUGGACGGUUAGCAAACCGUUCAAGAAAAGGGCAUAACGUAAAGACGAACUGUCACGUGCAAUCAGAGCAAGGGAAUAGUUCGACAACGAAAACUAAAUGCAGUAUGUGUUCCUACGACCACGCCAUUGAUAAACGUCCACAGUUCUUAGCGCUUACAGUGCAAGACCGAUGGUCUCACGCUAAAAGCAAGGGUAUCUGUUUCGUCUGUCUUAGACAAGGACAUAGAGUUAAGGAAUGUAAGCUGACAAAGCGUUGUAACGUUGAGGGUUGUGAAAAGAAACACCAUUCCUUGUUGCACAGCGAGAAUGAGAAACCUGGUAUCUCGAAUUGUUGCGGAUAUACUAAAUCACUAAUCAGUCAAGUGUGCUUAGGCAUGAUUCCCGUACGGUUGAAAUCGCGAAAGGCCGAGAUUGUGGGUUAUGCUCUGUUGGACAACGGUUCUGAUGUGACACUGAUAAAAUCACUGUUUGAGGUCUCUCGGGCUGAGCGAAGACGAAGCAUCAGUGGUAGUUGAGACUGUGGGCGGUAAUAGAACAAUGAAGGUCGCGAGUGCGCCUUUUGAAGUAUAUUCUUUAGAUCGACCUGAACAUGUUACGAUUGAAGGAGCUCUGAUUGUGGCAGGUAUACCAGGUCAUAAGCCAACAAAGUCAGCAAUGAACAACCUAGUUAAGUGGCCGCAUUUAAAUGAUGUGCCAAUAGAUAGCCUAGAUUCUGAAGAAGUUUUACUGUUGAUUGGUUGCGACGUACCAGAAGCACAUUGGGUGUUAGACCAACGGUUGGGUGGAAGGAAGAACCCGUACGCUGUGAAAACGUUGCUGGGGUGGACGGUCUUCGGACCUGCAUCGUAUCCGGAUUAUAGGAAAAGAGUGGUUAAUCACACCAGUAAGAUACAGACAUUAGAGAACGAAAUACGUAAGUUUUAUGACGCAGAGUUUCCCGAUGCUUAUUCAAAUGAUAAAUCAUUAUCGGUAGAGGAUAAGGCAGCUAUAAAUAUUGUGGAAGAGGGCACGCACUUCGACAACGGCCAUUUCGUAGUUCCUAUACCAUGGAAAGAGAAUCCAAAUAGGAAAGUGGGAAACUAUGAAGUAGCCAACAGUAGAUUACAGAAUUUGAAGCGUAAACUGUUGAAGGAUAACAGUCUACACGUAAGGUAUACCAAAAGUAUUGAAAGUAAUUUUACAAAGGGCUAUGCGGAAAAGAUCCGUGAAAUACAAUUGCAACCUAGUUAUCGCCCCCGUUGGUACUUACCUCACCAUGCAGUUAUAAACCCGAAAAAGCCAGAAAAACUGAGAGUGGUCCUUGACUGUGCCGCCAAGUUUGCGGGUGUUUCUCUAAAUGAUAUGAUUUAUCAAGGACCCGACACAACUGCUGAUUUAGUGUGUAUAUUAUUGCGUUUUCGCAAAGAAGCAAUUGCAGUCUCUGCGGAUGUUGAAGAAAUGUUCAUGCAAGUGAAGGUCCCUGAGUCUGAUCGAGGAGCUUUAAGAUUUCUGUGGUGGCAGGGGGGGAGACAUGUCGAAAGAACCAUCCGAGUUUCAAAUGACAUCUCAUCCAUUUGGCGCCAUAUCAUCGCCGUUUUGCGCGAACUUUUGCUUGAAUAAGACGGCCCAGAUAUUCUCUGACGGUUAUGAUGAUUAUGUCGUAGAUGCUGUUAAAAAUAAUUUCUAUAUUUAUGAUUGCUUGGUAUCUUUUCCCACUUGUGAUCAAGCAAAGAGUUUCGUCAAGCAGAUAUGUGAAUUAUUAUGUAGAGGAGGUUUCAAACUAAAGAAAUGUGUUACCAACUCGGAGGAGGUAAGGACCAUCUUGCCUGAUGUAUGUAAAGAACAGUCCUUGAUAGAAAUGUUAACGGAUUACGACACUAAUCAUCGAACCCUAAGUGUAGAAUGGGAUUUUAAACAAGAUGUAUUUAAGUUUUACUUUGAUGCACCGGAAAGGCCUCUGACUAGGAGAGGUAUUUUAUCUAUAGUUUCUUCUCUGUUCGAUCCUCUGGGUCUGAUUGCUCCAGUCUGUUUUACUGCCAAACUUCUCUCGCAAAAAUUAUGUAGGUCCCAAAUAGGCUGGGAUCAGCCUCUCAACGAGCCAUACAUGUCCGCGUGGCUAGGCUGGGUAAGUUUUAUGCGUCAGAUAGGUCACGUCACGGUAGCUCGAGGUAUCAAGAGGAAAAUCGACGAACCCGACGCGAAAGUAGAAUUGCACUUGUUCAGUGAUGCUUCAGAGGUUGGUUAUGGAGCAGUUGCGUACGCACGAGUCAGCUAUUUGAAGGAGCCACCAUAUUGUAUCUUGUUGUACAGCAAGUCUAGGGUAGCACCUAUCAGACAAGUCACUAUACCGGGACUUGAGAUGGCGGCAGCGGUGUUAAGUGUGAGGCUUAGUGAAGUAUUACGGAGAAGUCUGCCUAAUUUUUUCUGCGAAGUAAACUUCCAUACAGAUUCCAUGACAGUGUUAUACUACAUUAAGAAUAUUGAGAACCGAUAUAGCACCUAUAUAGCCAACCGCCUCGCUGUGGUGCACCAGUAUACGAAGGUUGAACAAUGGAAUUAUGUAAAGUCGUCACAGAAUCCAGCUGAUUGGACAUCAACAGGUAUACAAAAAAUGACUGAUCUGGAAUCUUGGUUCAAAUGUCCUACCUUACUGCAUGGCGAAUUCUGUACAACAAUCACUGACUGUCCGGAACCUACUCCUGACGAUAUUGAGUUUAGAAAAACUGCUGUGGUUAACUUGAGUAGUAUAAAGCACAUGUCACCUAUUCUCUCUUAUUACUCCGAGUGGUUGAAAUUAGUCAGGGCCGUAGCCUGGCUUAGAAGGUUCAUAGAAUUUCUGAUGGUGCUUCGUUCACCGAGUCAUGAAGGAUCCGUUCAUCUAGGAUGUUUAAAGGUCAAAGAACUUGACAUCGCCAAGCGUAAAAUUUUGUUGAUGGUUCAGAAAGAAGUGUAUGGAGAAAUACUUAGUGGAUUUAAAACUAAUGGUAAAGUAGUUAGUCACAAUGAUCUGAAGGGCUUAUCACCGAUAAUGCUUGAUGGGUUACUCUGUGUUGGAGGCCGACUAAGCUACUCAGAUUUCUCAAAUGCCUUUAAACAUCCAAUAAUAUUACCCAGUCGACACUUAGUGACAGAAAUGAUAAUUGGACAUUAUCAUAAGGAACAAGGGCACACAGGAACGUCACAAGUACUGGCCACGAUUCGAAAAAGAUAUUGGAUAAUAAAAGGAACCAGCACGGUUAAGAGAGUGAUAGGAAAGUGUGUGACAUGCCGGCGGUUUACGAUGAAUACAGGGCAACAAUCGAUGGCACCACUUCCAGCUUGUAGAGUGCAACAAGGAUGGUAUAGCUUCUCAGCCGUGGGAGUAGACUACUUCGGACCCCUUUUUGUCAAAAGAGGAAGAUCAUUAGAAAAAAGAUAUGGAUGUGUAUUUACUUGCUUGCAAACCCGAGCAGUACAUAUUGAAAUGACACAUAGUUUGAAUACUGAUUCGUUUAUAAUGGCCUUGUUACGUUUUAUUGGAAGAAGAGGGAAGCCUGCCGAAAUUUACAGUGACAAUGGGUCAAAUUUCUUGGGUGCGAUCUCUGAAUUAAGGAGAUUUGUGCAACAGUUGAAUCAACAGAAAAUAGACAAAGAACUGUCAGCUAGACAAAGUCAGUGGCAUUUUAACCCGCCCUCAUCCAGCCACAAGGGUGGAGUUUGGGAAAGGAUGAUUAGGCCCAUACGCCGACUGUUAUUGUUGAUAACUAGAGAGCAGACUCUAACCGAUGAGACUUUAAACACUUAUUUGAUCGAGAUUGAAAGGAUAUUGAACGAUCGACCCUUAACUCCGGUCGUUCAAGAUGCUAACGAUAAACUAGCCUUGUCGCCAAAUAGUUUGUUAUUAUUGAGAGAAUGUGACGGGAUAGUCGAAGAAGGUAGCAUCAGAGAUAAGUAUGACAAACGUGAUGAACCUGAAGAGAAGUAUGGCGAAUUACAGAAGUUUGGAUACCCAUCUGAGCCGUGGUGAUUGUGGUAAUUUUGUCAAGUUCUUCAACUAAUCUAUUUAACACACUGCAUUAUUCAAACAGUACCAAUUUAACAAUUAUUACUAUCAUGUCUGCAUGAAUAGGUAUGCUUAAUCACACGUGACAGCGUACGCACAUAUCUCUCUUUCUAGCUUUAAUUUUAAAUUGUUAAAAAUCAUUUGAUGAAUAAUACGCUUUCCAAUUUUUAUGUGCUUGAAUCUUACUAGUUGAUUCAAAUCCGAAUUCCCCUCUGUAAUUGUAGCAUCUGUUAGUUGACGGUCAAGUACCCAGUCAUAUAAUCAAUUUUUAAGCAUAACAUAGCAUUCAUUCAUCAAAUUAAUGAAAACCUAUAUGUUUUUUAAACACUUCAGAAGGUUCAGCCAUCGAUGCUCUACGAAAUGGUCUCCAAUGUCUACGGGAUUGUUUUCAACAUAUGAAGCAAACACUCAUAUCAGCAAUGAAAAUUUCAAGAAGUACUAGAAAAUCAUCAUAAUGAGUUGUUUUUCUUCUUUUCAAUUGUAUAUUUUCGCCUCGAUUUUGUUAGACUAUUUCUAACUGUUGCAAAAACAGAAACUGUACAAAAACAAUUCAAAAGUUGAAAAAAUUAUAAUACUAAUAACG